CGCGAGGUGUCGGGGGACUGAAGAGGGGUCCCAACGGCGUCAUGUAGAGCUGAUCAUUGUCUCUCACACUUUCUAAGUAUCCAUUACACAACAGUGAGCGAGGAAAGGAGUCGGGCCAGAGAUAUCAGCAGUCCAUGUGAAGCAGCAGCGGUGCCCAGAGGGCUCUUCCUCUCAACGUCAACGAUAACCAACUAAACUGAGUGCAGGAAUACAAGCGUAAAGAUGAGAACUUCUGUUCAUUAUAUGAGUAUUUUAUGAGACGUGAACGUUUAUAUCGGGUGAAUGUUUAGUGAACGGAAUGAGGAAGAAUAGUUUCCAAGUGUAUGAGAAUCAAUGAGUUGACCGGGUGCUUUAUCUCAACGCGAAUUAUUGUGUGCAAAAAAAUCACUUUGAUUUCACACUCCUUAUUUGAGACACCAUCGAAGAAACAAUGAAUGGAGGUCGGCAUUUUCCACCAAUUUAAACAACGGUAUAUGCGCUACAUUUUUAUUACUUUGCGGCACAACACCUAUUUUGGGUGGAAUUUCGGAGUCGGGCUUCUUCUUCUCGCCUUUGCGCUUUCCUCCUGUUCAGCAGAUUAACUUGGAGGGAUCCAUGCAGUCGCGAAGAGAGAGGAGAGAAGUGCGACCCCGUGCUGGAUGGAUGGUUAUGGGGAAGGGAGCAGCAGGACCUUCGGCGCUUGAAGUCGGCAAGAUCCUUGUUUUUUUUCUUUGCCUGUUUCCUUCUGUGAGUCUGCAGUGUAAGAUCCUCAAGUGUAACUCAGAGUUUUGGGCCUCCACCUCAAGCUCUGGCCCAGAGGAGGAGUUCUGUACGGCACUGCGGGCGUACAACAACUGUGUACGCCGCACCGCACGCACUUGCAGAGGCGACCUGGCCUACCACUCAGCCCAACAUGGCAUAGAGGACCUCAUGAGCCAACACAACUGCUCCAAGGAGGGGCCUACAACCCAGCCUCGAGCCGGGACCCCCGCUCCACCCCCACCACCACAGCUCCAGCCUGACAGCCAGGAGCGCUCUGAUGGGCCGGAGCAGUGUCACUACGAACGCAGCCUUCCUCGCCAUUCCUCGCCACCCAACUACACCCACUGCGGCUUCUUUGGAGACCCGCACCUCCGUACCUUCAGCGAUGACUUCCAGACCUGCAAGGUGGAGGGAGCCUGGCCGCUUAUCCAUAACAAAUACCUGUCUGUUCAGGUGACCAACACACCUGUCGUGCCUGGCUCCUCUGCUACGGCCACCAGCAAGUUGACAAUCAUCUUCAAGAACUUCCAGGAGUGUGUGGACCAGAAGAUGUACCACGCGGAGACAGACGAGCUGCCUGCGGCGUUUGCCGACGGCUCCAAGAAUGGUGGAGACCGCCACGGGGCCAACACGCUGCGCAUCGUGGAGAAGGUGUCUGGGCAGCAUGUGGAGAUCCACGCACGCUACAUCGGGACAACCAUCGUGGUCCGGCAGGUGGGCCGAUACCUGACCUUUGCUGUGCGGAUGCCAGAGGAAGUAGUGAACUCUGUAGAAGACCGAGACAACCAGGACCUGUACCUUUGCCUGCACGGCUGCCCCGCCAACCAGCGCAUCGACUUCAGGACAUUCAGGGACCGUGCAGUGGAGGGCCACGGCCCAGGCAAGAGCAGGAUGGGCAGCCAGCCCCAUGGGUUUACGUAUCAGGCUGCCAUGGCCAAGUGUAAAGAGCGCCUCCCAGUGGAGGACCUGUACUUCCAGUCUUGUGUGUUCGACCUGUUUUCCUCUGGGGACAUCAACUUCACCAUGGCUGCCUACUAUGCUUUUGAGGACGUGAAAAUGCUCCACUCCAACAAGGACAAAUACCACAUUUUUGAAAAGGAUGCAUUCGGGAGUAAUGCAGCGCCAAGGGGAUCAGAUUUGUUCUCGCUAGUCCUCCUCAACUGUCUGGCUGUGUUGUUGUGGAUUGAGUGCUGCUGGGUUCAUCUAUAGUCCCCUGCCAACAUUAUCCUCAUUAUGCUAGCUGUCAGUGGGUGUGAAACAGUGCUCUCACCGUGUCAUACUUCACCUCUACUGCUCUGUUCUCAGUGGCUGGUGGUCAGUCCAGACAGCAGGGCCGUCCAUACCUCUGAGGGGACACAGCAGCCCAUGUGCAAUCAAACUCAUCCCAGCCCAUGGUCUCAUUGUUGUCAUCAUGUGUUGACUUACAUCUGGUGGAGAGAUGAGCUCUCUGCUCCCACCUAUCAUUGCGUUCAUUCAGCUGGUUUAAGGACUAGUCCUUUGAUUAAAGGAGCAGUGGUGAGAGAGGAGAGCCCAGGAGCCCCAGCACUUUGGAUAUCCACCUGGGAUUAAUUCCUACAUUCCCACUGGGACUGCAUGGGAAGCAAGACGAGAUGAUCUCUUGCAGAAAGAAGAGUUUGCUGAUCGCCUCUCCUCACUGGUGCCAAGCCAGUGGAGCUCUCUGUGGCUCAUGGGUCUGGGCUAGAGGACAUGACAGGGGCUUUUGUUAACUUCUGUCCAGAAGGAGCUCACUGUUUGAUGAGCUUCCAGCUUUGGAAAAGCCUGAGCUUUUUGGAGAAAGCGCUCGGCCAAAAGGAUGUCAGAGCAGCGAGUGACAGUCUAGUCUGCUGUGGAGGUUAAUAGGUCAUAACGCCAGGUCUUUUGUAAGAUUGUGUGUGUGUGUGUGUGGUUGUGCCCCUCUGUGGUUUAGUGUGUCAGCCAGAACGGGCUGUCUUGAAUAUUGGCGUUUAAAGUGUUAAUUAUGAUAAAUGUAUUUUUGUAUAGGGUGUAAUUAAGAUGUUAAUAAGAAAACAAGCCCUUUACAAACUUUACCAAGGGCACACAUAAUGCAGAAACCCAGAUCACGUUUACAGAGUAUAUCUUAUCCCUUCAUUCAACCGAUCAACCAACCAACAUGUACCAUGGCCAGGAAAUUGAUUUCUACAGGUCGUUUGUGAAUGAUUUGUCACUUUUUAUAGGCAGUCAACAGUUCCCCGCAGAUGUAGGUAUCAUGGCCAUGUAUUUGGUUUGAGAAAUAUAUAGUCUUUCUGACCACUCUGUAGAGAGCAGAGAGUAGGUCCUGUAUCAGAGGAGGUUGGUGGGAGGAGCCAUAGGAGGACGGGCUCAUUGUAAUGGCUGGAAUGGAAUAGCUGUCAAAUCCAAAAGUGGCACCGGGCGUUAUACCUAUUGUGGACAUUGCCAUUGGAUGCGCCGAGUCGCAUUAGUAGAAAUCCUAUGCAGCUGUUACAAGUUUGAACACUGGCAUGUGUGAUGUAAUCUACACCUUGAUUAGGCUAUUCUCAUAAUUUUUAUAUAGCCUACACUUUCUCGUUCUUAAUAUGUAACGCUGGUGGAGGGGUGUGGCUUUGUGACAAAACACCAGCUAUGCAGUGUCGGCUAGCGCGGUUUAAUGGUUGAUCUGAUUUAAUCUAGGCCUAAGUAUUUGAACUUUUGAUUGUGUAGAACGCUGGAAGGUGCUAAAUGAACUUAGUGGAUAGACUUAUUCAGAGCAUUAUAUGGCAAAUAAGCUGUCAGUUUAAGGUUUUGAAUUGUACCUUUUGCGAUAUGCAGGACCCGUGUGACGUGCAUGCAUCUACAGUACCAUUUUGAUUUGUUGUAGUUUCCCUAUUGCAUUGUUUCUGUUCAUAGUAAUAAUUUCAUUCACUAGUAAGCCUAAAUCUUGAGGAGGCUUAGGUACUAAUACUCAGAAGGCCUGCUAUAUAUGAACAAGACAUUUAACCUAAAUUCUGGUUUGAUCUUGAUUUUCAUUAUUUGUUGUAUAACCAAGUAAAGCUCAAAGGAUAAAACCUUGUCAGACGAUUUGCUUCAUUUUCCCCCCUUCUAUUUCAUCUCGGUAGAAUAUAUUUAGAUUUUACCCUCAUCUAUCCAACAUCUUAACAAGGUAAUAUAUCCCUACACUGAAGUGUUUGGCAGGCCUAACUACUGCUAUGGGAGCAUGUACUGGUGCAGUUUGUUCUUAGUCUGACAAAAAAAGUUGAUCAAAUAAACAAACAUGAUUGUAACAUUGAAUCAUGUUUUUAUAGAUGUAAUUUGUAUUAUGAGUUUGCUAUAUGGUUCUACAUGUGUAAUGUGAGAUUGUAUAUACGUUUGUGAGUUUGUAAAAUAUUGUAUUUUAUCUGUGUUGAAUAUAUCACUACAGUUUUGAAUAUGAGAAAGGGUUUGGUGAAUGUGACCUUUUUAUUUUAAAAUAAUUUUAUGAAAACGGGCCUAGUGUUCAGCUAUCUAUCAAUGGCAGGGAUCCUAUCCUGGUUACUGUAGUUUCAGAGCAUUCUGUUGCUUGCUCAGGAGCAGACACAAGUUAACCUGGAUUCCAUCCAGGCGGAUAUCUAAAAAGGGAAUACAAUAAAGUUUUUUUUUUUUUGGUGUUCAUGUUUUUAAUUUUAAAGCACUUUAUGUUCUCUUCACUUAGCUCUUACUUGGUUUGAACUUGAUUGUGAAUAGAGGUUGUCAGAUUUGUAACGGUAGAAAAUAUGGCAUUAAAACACUUGGCCGAAUGGCAGAAGCCAGAAAGAUCAAACUGUGUUUGUAUGUAGGACAAAAGCGGUGCCACCCACCAACUGUUUAUAUUGUAAAUUAUUUAUUAAAUAAAAGAUAAGUGUCUCGUUAA